AAAAGAAAUUUCUCCAGUGCAAGAUGAGAAUGUAGCGCAGCCCUAAGAUAAAAACAAUAUUACACAUCUGCAGAUAGUUCUCUCUUCUGCUGGAAAGUGUAUGGUCCAACUUUACUUUUGGAAAAAUUUUCAAUAAUUAUGAUUACAUACUUUAUAGGCUAGGCAUAAGUCGGUUUUAUUCUUUUCUUCGGAAAAACUACCAGGCAGAGUUUUAAGGAAACGUUUUCACUAUUGGAAUGGUCUGAUUUAGGAAAAUCUACUGGGGAAAACUUAGAGGAGAAAACUUUAAGAACGGAGCCUAGAGCAUUUUUUGUGUCCCGAAUCCAGUCAUCUCGUGCACUGAGGAAUGUUGCCUAAACUCCAGACGUUACAGCGGCUACUGCCGCUCGCCCUCGCAAGCGUGUUUCUGGUGCAAAGCGGGACCAGUGGCAAAGAAGUCAGACCAGAGGCUUGGCUCCAGCAGUAUGGGUAUCUUCCUCCUGGCGAUGUCCGGGCUCAGGCAAUCCGCUCUCCUAAAUCCAUCACCUCAGCUAUAUCCGCCAUGCAGAAAUUCUAUGGCCUCACUGUCACCGGCACUAUGGAUCCAGCUACACUAUCGGCGAUGCAGCGGCCAAGGUGCGGUGUUCCAGAUAAAUUCGGCUCUGAACUGAAGAGCAACCUGCGAAAGAAGCGCUAUGUCAUCCAGGGCCUAAAAUGGGACAAAAGAGAGGUCACAUUCAGUAUCCAGAGCUACACUUCUAAAGUUGGUGAGCAUGCCACACACGAGGCCAUCAGGAAGGCCUUCAGGGUCUGGGAGGACGUGACACCACUCAAGUUCCGUGAAAUCCCAUACAGUCAAAUCAGUGGCAAGGUGGACAAGUUUGCAGAUAUCAUGCUUUCCUUCGCGGAAGGCUAUCACGGAGACAGCACCCCAUUCGACGGCGAGGGAGGUUUCCUGGCCCACGCGUACUUCCCUGGUCAAGGUAUCGGAGGUGAUACCCAUUUUGACGGAGCAGAGCCUUGGACGACAGGCAAUGUUGACCAGGGAGGUAAUGAUGUGUUCCUGGUGGCAGUGCAUGAAUUAGGCCAUGCUCUUGGUUUGGAACACUCCGGCGAUCCCUCUGCCAUCAUGGCUCCGUUUUACCAGUGGAUGGACACUGAGAACUUUGUGCUGCCCGAUGAUGACAGACGGGGGAUCCAGCAGAUAUAUGGCAGUGCUCGUUCUGGUGAAAAGCCCCACCCCCCGGCACCCCGUCCCCCCACUCCCAAGCCAGACCGCCCUUCCUUUGGCCCCGACAUAUGUGAGGGACAUUUCGACACCAUCGCUUUCCUCAGGGGAGAGAUGUUCGUGUUCAAGGAAAAGUGGUUCUGGAGAAUGCGUGAUGGUAAACCUCUGCAGGGGUAUCCCAUGCCCAUUGGACACUUCUGGAAGGGAUUGCCUCCCUCUAUCAACGCAGCCUACGAACGUUCUGAUGGAAAAUUUGUUUUCUUCAAAGGUGAUAAGUACUGGGUUUUCAAUGAGGCUAAAAUGGAGGAAGGUUAUCCAAAAACUUUCAAGGAACUCGGCACAGGCCUACCAAGAGACAAGCUGGAUGCAGCAGUUUUCUACACACCCACUGGCAACACUUACUUCUUCAGAGGAACCAAGUAUUACCGUUUCAAUGAGGAAAGCAGAUCUGUGGAUUCAGACUACCCCAAACCCAUCAGUGUAUGGCAAGGAGUACCAGAUAAUAUCAAAGGGGCCUUCAUGAGCGAGGAUAGAGCCCACACGUACUUCUACAAAGCCAAUAAGUACUGGAAGUUUAACAAUCAGCAACUGAAGGUGGAGCCAGGCUUCCCCAAAUCUGUCCUGACUAACUGGAUGGGCUGUGAAGGGGAGGAUCCCACGAAGAGGUACGGCACAGAUGAGGAAGUGCUUAUCAUCGAGAUGGACGAGUCAGAAGGCGGAGGCAUGGGAAGAGCCGCAACCAUCGUCAUCCCACUCUUUCUUCUGGCCUGUGUGCUCGUAACUUUGGGGGCUCUGCUGUUCUUCCACCACUAUGGUACCCCUCGACGCCUCCUAUACUGUCACCGCUCUCUGCUCGAUAAGGUUUAGAGAUGAACAUGAAAGGCAUGGGAAGAGAAGUGUUAGAGGGAUGCAAGUAGAUGACAUUUGGAAAGAUUGAGUGAAAAUGAAUGUCAGACAGUACAGUUUGGUUUACAGGUCUGCAGGCAGGGAGAGAUGAAAAGUGAAGGAUGUGUAUUGUUUGUUUUUCUAUUUACAUGUACUUCUCUGCCAUUAGAAAAGAAAUCUGAAAUGGAGUGGGAGAUAAGAGAGACAGACAUGAGCCCUCCUCCAUCUCUUACAUGGUUACGGUUUAUCACUCAGUGAAAUGCACUUUUGUUCCUUCAGUCUUCUCUUCAGUAUAUAAUCCCUCCUUUAUCCUCUCUGAAAAUCUCCCUCUCCAGAUCCGAACUUGACUCCAGCCGGCCGGCUGUUUGAUUGACAUGUUUUAUACACUAACUGAUCUCACUUUGACAUAUUUCAUUAACUCAGAUUUUGCUUUUUACAUUGCUAAUCCAGUGAAAUCCCCCUGUAUCCCAUAAAGUGCCUUUGCCAUUGAAUUAAUAGAAUGGAAGGACUAUCUUAAUUGACCUUCCUUGCACCUUUUAUUCACCACAAAGAUAUUUGCACAAAGUAUGGCUCGACUGUAGAGACCUGCUGUACGUGAAAGGUCAAAGGUUAAUGGUCAAAGUUCAGGGAGAGAGAAGCCCAGAAGCUUCUGGAGUAGGCCAGUUUUAAAUACACUUAUAGAGCAGAGGUGUCCGUCUGUUUCAACUCAAAAUGCGAUUGUUAUUGCAAUGCAUUUGGUAUUUACUAAGUUUAAGUAUGUCAUUAAUGAUUGGCAUUGUUAUUAUGACUAUGGUUAUUGUUAUUAUUGUUCUCCUAGUGUAGUCUUGCCUAUUUUAAAUCGUCAUUUCAAGUCCUGCUGGACACAGGCAGAAUGUGACUUAUUUCAAAUUAGUCAGGUUUCUAUAAUAGAAGAGGCUGGAGGUGCGAUAUUUUCUCGCUCUCCACCUUUCAGAAACAAAUAAAUAAUUAUUUAUGAACAGUAAUGGUGCUAUGGGUUUUCUUUAACAAGACUGAAUACAUCAGUGUUAGACAUUUCUGAAUUAGUUUUAACAAUGAUAAUGGUAAUGAUAUUUAUAAUGAUAGUGAUUUAGUGUAAAUGUAAAGGAAUUACAUUUUUGCCUGUUUCAUACUUUUUGUACUUGGAAAUGAAAAUUAAAUAAAGUUCCUUUUUUUUUUUUUUUUUU